GAGAUCCCACGAGAAUAAUAAAUACCCUGAAUCAGGACUACAUUCUACAUUCCUCACUCUCACCGCCCUACACUCCAAACUCAAAAUUCAAUACCAAUAAUACCACUCCCACCACCCACCUCCGGUCCUCCUCCGCCGUCUCCCGUCGCCCGUCGGUGAAUGGUAUAAUGCCCGUCAACUAUUUCACCCCGUACGACCACCCCACACCUCUAAUGUUCACUAAACACAGCCACACAAUGGGACCGCCGAGAGACACCGCCGCCGACUUUUUCGGCGGGGAGAAUUCCGAGGAACAACAAAACGACAACCAAGUGUUGAUGGGAAUACCCAAAGAGCCCUUGUUCGAGAAGCCGUUGACUCCCAGCGACGUGGGGAAGCUCAACCGCCUCGUCAUCCCGAAACAGCACGCGGAGAGGUACUUCCCGUUGACCGGCAAGGACUCCGGCGCCGGGGCGGAGAAGGGCGGCUUCCUCCUCGGCUUCGAGGACGAGUGCGGGAAGCAUUGGCGGUUCCGGUACUCGUACUGGACCAGCAGCCAGAGCUACGUGCUGACCAAAGGGUGGAGCCGGUUCGUGAAGGACAAGCGGCUGGACGCCGGCGACGUGGUUCUGUUCGAGCGCCACCGCAUUGACGGCGACCGGUUCUUCAUCGGGUGGAGGCGGAGGAAUAGCGUUGCGCCGGGAGUGCUGGCCGGCGUGAAAGAUGGCGGUGGGGGUAGGGUAGCUCAACCGUCGGGGACGGCGGUUGGCGGUGGGUGGGCCCACGCGUGGCAUCCUUAUCCACCACCGCCAACUUAUAAUGCACUUCCAUACCAACCCAACUGUCUUCAUGCAGGUGCAAGUGGGAAUUCAAGGAGAUCGGUGCGAUUAUUUGGCGUGAAUUUGGAGUACGAAGCAAACGAGUCGGAGCCGACCACGCCGGACUGUUCAACUACUACUUCUAGUACGAGCCAGCAGAGUCAGAGCCUGGGCAACCCAUACCCAUACUACACCAACUCCAAUGAUUCUUCUUCUUAUAACCUUUACAAUCACAUGGAUAUUAAUUUUUCAAGAGAUGUCAACCAGAUGAGAUAUCACCAGGGAUAAGAUCAGAGGAUGUGACCUCCAGGCUCCAGUUACUAACAACAAUGUAGCCACUUGACCUGUCAAAACUCAAUACUUGGAAGUUGGAAUUAAUAUUGAAGUUUAAAAAGGAAAAUAAAGUGCAAAAAAGAAAAGGGGGAAAAGAAACUCCCAGAUAUUAUUCAGAUAUCUCCACCUAAAAAAAAGGGUUGUCAACUGAAGAGUCAAGGAACAGGAUGGUUAAAGGAGGAGAGGUGGUGACUGGUCAGCAAGGUCUAGUGGACCCUGGGUGACGUCAGCAAGGUCUAAAGAGAUGAACCUGGUGGGAAUCCUUAUCAUAUUGGUGGAUCAAAGCAGGAUGAAUAGAGAGGGAGGGCUGCCUCAGCCAUAAUGGCCCAAUGGGGCAUUAGUAUAUAAUCCAAGCCUUAAAGGGCCAGUUACCAACUGGUUUUCUAACCUUUGUUAUAUUUUUUGUCAUGUUUUCAUUCUGAUUAAAUAGCUUGUUUGAAUUUGGCUAUGUUACAUUGUUACAAGGGGUAGUACCUUGUUAUAAUUUUUUAUUUUUUAUAUUCUGUUGAAAAUAUCAGAAAUUUGUUUAAUUGUAUCCUGAGAAUUAAAUUUCAAUCAAAGUUGGUAAGAAUCCUCUUC